AUGAGGUUGAUCCUCGUAUCGUUAUUCGCCAUUUUGGUGGCAGCCAGGGUUGACGCCAUAUCUACAGCAUGGCGACCAACGCUGCAUGCGCCACCAUCCAGCAUCCUCCAUCAGGACGGAGGGAUCUAUGGGUCCGGACCCGCGCAAUCUCUCUACGAUUUCGAUGGAUCCUCCCUACUAGGACAGGAACAGGACAAAUGCAGCCUCUAUAAAGUCGCCAUGAACCAGCAACUGUACUUCGAGUACAUCCAAUACAAAACGGACUUGCCGGACAUCAAGGAGUUCACCCUGUGCAUGUGGACGAAAUUCUACAACCACACCAACGAUCAUCCGUUAUUUUCGUACGCAGUGGGUGACCAACCGCGAGGCAUACUCGCCUGGGUGGCGAACACCGCGAGGAGUUCCUACUUCAUGAUGAACGUGGACGGCCACAACCUGUUCAGAUUGAAUUAUCCGCUGCGAUUGAACAAGUGGUAUCACUCCUGCCAGAGCUGGAACGGCCGGACCGGGGAAUGGCAGAUCUGGGUCAACGACGAACGCGUUGGCCGCGGAUUCCACAACAGGUUGGUGGGUCACGUGAUCAAAGGUGGUGGAAUAGCAAUCACUGGACAGGAGCAACGACAAUUGGGCGGUGGUUUUCUGGAGGGCGCUGGUGCACCAGCAGGUUCAGGUGGUUACCUAGGUGAAGUGACGAUGGUUCAAUUAUACAAUGUGGCUCUGACCGCCGGGAAGGCUCACAAGGAUCACAAACACCAUCACGCACAUCACUAUGAACACGACACGAGCAACAACACGCCUAGGCCUACUCGACCACCUGUGACUGGUCCACCCCUUCCGCAGAAUCCUUACUUGACUGGGGGACAAAUUAAUAUGCAGGUGAAGAUCAAUCCAGGCUCGCCGCUGCAGAUCGUCCAGGGUGGUGUGACCCUGCGACAUCCAUCCGUGAUCCCACGGAACCCACCGCCCCAACCGCUUCCACCUGUGAACCCUGAUGCUGUUCCCUCAGCGUUCCCAUUGCAAUCAUCCCAACUGUUUGGCACCUUGCAGCCCAGCCUGGCUUCAGCUAACGGGAUAACCGCGGCUGGUAUGAGCUUUGGGGACGGUCUCUACCGGAAUCUCUUCAAACGGGAAGAGGAAGUGUCCUCUGUCGUAAGUGACAGCGAGGAAUCGAAGGAUUCAAGCUUAGAGAUCUCCAAAGAGGUGACAAAGAAGAAGAGAUACGCGGAGGAAGCCAGCGAAGGCGAACGUUCCGAUGAUAAGGUGACCUUUGUGCCGGUGGAGCUCGACGAAUCGAAAGACAAGAAACUCGAGAAACGGGACUCCGAUAAGAAGAAGAGAGGACUGGUGCAAUUAGGCGACGGACUGAUCAUCGACGACGGCUACAUAUCCCAAGGCCUGGACAACGAUUACUACUCGGGACUGACCAACUUCGGCCUCCAGCUGCCAAAAUACGAGGAUAAGGACGACGAGAGGGAGCCCGCGGAGGGGGAAGUCAGGAUGGUCAUGGACAUCUGCGACGGAUGCAGCGAGGAACCGUUCAGAAAGGCGUUGAUCUUGGCCUGGAGAUCCGUUCCCAAGAAGCUAUACUCCGGUGCCAUUCAUGUCCCAGCGAUGCAAUCUUGCAAAGCCUUCUGA